CUUCUGGGAAUCUCCACACCCUGGAGACACAGUGAGUUAGCACCACCACCAGGAAUUGGCCUCUCAGCUCUGUGCCUGUCUCCAAUCAGGCUGGAAUAAGUCUCCUUAUAUUUGUAAGCUCGGCCCUCCCCUGGAAUCUAAAGCCUCCUUAGUCUUCUGAGUCAGCCUGAAAGGGACAGGCCGAUCUACUGUAUGGGCUCUAAUAUCACCUCCACUUCCAUCAUUUUCCUGCUCACUGGUGUUCCUGGGCUGGAAGCCUUCCACACCUGGAUCUCCAUUCCCUUCUGCUUCCUCUAUGUAACUGCCCUCUCAGGAAACAGCCUGAUCCUCUUCGCCAUCAUCACUCAGCCCAGCCUGCACGAACCCAUGUACUAUUUCCUGUCCAUGCUGUCCACAACUGACCUCGGGCUGUCCAUAUCCACUCUGGUCACCAUGCUGGGUAUAUUCUGGUUCAAUCUGAGGGAAAUCAGCUUUAAUGCCUGCUUGUCCCAGAUGUUCUUUAUUAAAUUCUUCACUGUCAUGGAAUCCUCAGUGCUGCUGGCCAUGGCUUUCGAUCGUUUUGUGGCCAUCUCUAACCCCCUCAGGUAUGCCAUAGUUUUAACUGACUCCAGAAUAGUUCAAAUUGGAGUGGCAAGUGUCAUCAGGGGAAUCCUAAUGCUGACAACAAUGGUAGCACUUCUUACAAAACUGUCCUACUGCCACAACCACGUGCUCCACCACUCCUACUGCUUCCACCCUGAUGUGAUGAGGCUCUCAUGCACAGACACCAGGAUCAACAGUGCAGUUGGGUUGACUGCCAUGUUCUCCACUGUUGGUGUAGACUCCGUUCUCAUCCUCCUUUCCUACGUUUUGAUCAUUAGGACUGUCCUCAGCAUUGCUUCCCCAGAAGAGAGGAAGAAAACCUUCAGCACAUGUGUCUCCCACAUUGUGGCUGUUGCUGUAUUUUACAUUCCAUUGAUCACCCUGUCCUUUGUCCACAGGUUUGGGAAACAAGCCCCAGCCUAUGUACAUACUAUGGUUGCUAACACCUACCUGCUGAUCCCCCCUGUGAUGAACCCCAUCAUCUACAGUGUGAAAACCAAACAGAUACGUAGAGCUGUGAUAAAAAUUCUCCAUUCCAAAGAAACAUAAAAUGGUAGAAUUCUAGCACUAGAUGGACCUCUCGAGAUGGUAAACUUCAGGUCAUGUUAUCAGUCAAAAACAAGAAACAACCAAAGAUCUGGUGCCCAUUGUAGCUAAGCAUAUAAUUAUUUAACAUUAAAGUUGGAAUGUAUCUAGAA